AUGGUAUUCGUUGCAUCUUCACAUGGUGGUAAUAUGGGUGUUAAUGCGAAGAGGAAAGAAGGGGUAACAGUUGAAGAGUUAGUAAAUGUUCAUUUCCCAGAUUUGGGACUUAAUGAGAGGAAAACAAUCAUUUCGAACGAGGAGAAUAUGCAGGAUUUUGACAAGAGAUUGUCAACGGUUGAGGUCACAGUGUCUGCAAUUCGAUCGAACCAUGAAGCUUUGUUUGCCAAGUUCACAUUUGAAGUAAAUGAAAAUAAAAAGAUGUUGGAAACUCUUUCUGAAAGGGAAUUAUUGGAUAACAAUGAAACUGAGGUCGGGGCUGACAGAACCAAUGAGGUUAUUGUAGUUACUUGCAACCAAGAUAAUGUUUUUCUGCACAUGGAACUAAAAUGA